AUUAAAGGCAACGGAAAUAGAUUAUAUGUUCUUCAUCCUACCUAAAUCGCGCCCAUCUUGCAACCCAUUGGGCCAUUGUGUCCUAACUCCUAAACAAGAAUAUCCCCAGAAGGACUCUGAGGCCAGCCUUUGACUUUGAAAAAGUUGUCCAGGCAAAGGGUACAGUUCAGGGCAAUGGUCAAAUCGUAAUCCUAAGCAGCCAAGAAAAUUUUGAGUGGUGUCUUCCGCCAAGAGAAGAACAAGUCGAGAACUUUCUCCAUCACCCGUCUUCAUCCCACUUACGCUUGUCUCCCGCGCUCUGUACUAUGUAGGAUGAUAUUACUUGGAUUGGAAUCUAAACUCCGUGGUUUCUGCCCCCAAAAUAUCUCUAUAGUUACAACUGACAACCACAAGCUCAUUUGAGUGAGCGACCAGCACCAGACCAGCAGUGAGUGACUACUGAUUAGAGACUAGAGAUGGGUCACGGCAAUUCAAAAGCCGGGAUGGAGUCGUCUUCAGAUGAAUCAGCAAGAGGUGAUGGUUCUUCUCGGGCUGAUAGGAUCAAGAAAAAGCUUCAUCUAAGCCGCUCCCAUUUCCGUCGUCACCACCGCCAUGCCGGCGCCACUGUCUCCUCUGCACAUAACCUCACUAAACUCCUCAAAGAAGAGGAUUUUGCGGGCAUCGCCCUUCUUCGUCUCAUCACUGCUGAAAUGCAAUUCAAGGACAAAUGGCUGGCUUGUGUUACUCUUGGAGAGCAGACAUUUAGAACUCGUGUAACUGAUCAGACUGACGAGCCCACAUGGAAUUCUGAGAAGAAGCUUCUUUUGGAAAAAAAUGGGGCACAUAUAGCAAGAAUAUCUGUAUUUGAGACAAAUAGAUUGUCCAAGAACAAUCUUGUCGGCUAUUGUGAGAUCGAUCUACUUGAAUUCCUCACUCAGGAUAGUGAUACUGACAUUGGGAAAUUUGACUUGUUCGACCCAUCUUCUAAAGCGAUAGUUGGCACCAUAACUCUUUCUUGCUUCAUCGAGGAUCCUAUGGAAACAGAGAAGAAUUUUGCUAGGCGCAUCUUGUCUAUAGUGGACUAUAAUGAAGACGGAAAUCUCUCAUUCAAUGAAUUCUCUGAUCUAAUUGAUGCUUUUGGCAAUCAACUGGCUGCUAAUAAGAAAAAGGAGCUUUUCAGAGCUGCUGAUAAGAAUGGGGACGGUGUUGUCUGCAUGGAUGAGUUGGCUGAGCUUCUAGCUGUUCAUCAAGAAAAAGAACCACUAAUCAAUUGCUGCCCAGUAUGUGGCGAAAUUCUUGAAGUUCCUGAUAGACUGAACAGUAUGAUCCAUUUGACCCUGUGUUUUGAUGAAGGGACUGGAAAUCAGGUUAUGACUGGGGGAUUCUUAAUCGAUAAGCAGGCAGCAAAUGGGUGGAUGUUCAAACUAACUGAAUGGGCUCAUUUCUCAUCCUAUGACAUUGGUUUGAGGUCUGGUUCAAGUGCAUCACAUAUUUUGGUUUUUGAUAGAAGAAAAAAGAGGUUAGUAGAGGAGUUAAUUGAUAGCAAGAUCGUCUUAUCAAUGAGAGCCAUUUAUCAAUCAAAAGUUGGGCUUGGCGUCAUGGACCAAGGUGCAAAAGAUAUCUUGCAGAGCAUGUCAGAAAAGCAGGGUAAAAAAAUGGAUUCUGUUGAAUCUGCAAAAGAUAUACCGAAGUUCGUUGAAUUUUUCAAGGAUCAACUUAAUUUGGAUGAAGCCAAGUACCCUUUGGAGCAUUUUAAGACUUUCAAUAAAUUUUUCAUAAGAGAGUUAAAACCUGGUGCAAGACCAAUAGCGCAUAUGGAGCGUGAUGAUAUUGCUGUAUGUGCUGCUGAUUGUCGUCUCAUGGCAUUUAAAACUGCUGAUGAUAGUCUAAGAUUUUGGAUUAAGGGUCGAAAGUUUUCUAUUCGAGGCCUUUUGGGGAAUGAAGCAUGUUCCAGUGCCUUCAUCGAAGGAACUUUGGUGAUAUUUCGGUUGGCACCACAGGACUAUCAUCGUUUUCACUCUCCAGUUUCUGGAACAAUUGAAAUGUUUGUAAAUAUACCUGGAUGCUUGUAUACGGUAAACCCAAUUGCUGUAAAUAGCAAGUACUGUAACGUUUUCACAGAGAAUAAGAGGGUUGUCUGUAUCAUUUCGACAGCAGAUUUUGGAAAGGUGGCAUUUGUUGCAAUUGGUGCGACAAUGGUUGGCAGCAUAACUUUUUCGAAGAAGCUGGGUGAAUAUGUUCAGAAAGGAGACGAGCUUGGUUAUUUCUCAUUUGGUGGAAGUACUGUUAUAUGUGUAUUUGAAAAGGACCGGGUAAAGAUAGAUGAGGACCUCUUGGAAAAUAGCGAGAGGUCACUUGAGACCUUAGUUUCUGUUGGAAUGCAGUUGGGAAUCUCUACUAAGAAGAAGUCUGAUGUUGGGUCACCAAAUAUGGAAAAACUUGUUCUACGGGCUUGAGUGUGUUCUUCUACGACUGUACCAUCGAAAGAAAAGUUAAACCUCACUAACAAGUUGUAAAAAUCUGUAGCUUGAAUGCAUGCACUUUUCAUUUUUUCCAAAUGUAUGCUGAUUGCAUUUGGUUUUUA